AAUAGCGAGCAGGGCCACAAGCGAUCCGCCAACCAAACGGUGCAGACCACCACCCCUAGAUCCUCCCCUGCUCCGCCCUCGUUCGGUUCAGUGCUCGUAAAAUAUGACCCACAAAGGAGCUAAGGGGCCGCGCAUUGGCAUUCGCCAUCUGCAAUCUUUCCUGCUCUUCCUGGGCCUCACCGUGAUGCACAUUGCCCGCCUCAACGUGAGUGUGGCCAUCGUGGCAAUGACCAAUGCGGCCACAACGAAUCCCAACUUUCCGGAAUACGAGUGGACGGAGAAGCACAAAUCGUACAUACUGUCCAGCUUCUACUGGGGCUACAUCGUGACCCUCUGUCCGGGCAGCUUCCUGUGUCGUCGGUACGGCGCGAAGGUCGUCCUGUUCAUUGCCAGCUGCGGCACGGCUGUCUUCAGCGUGAUGACCCCGUGGUGCAUAUCCUGGGGCGGCUGGCAGGUGUUCUGCGCCAUCCGCAUCCUGCAGGGUCUGUUCCAGGGCGUGAUCUUCCCCUGCGUGACGGAGCACCUGGCGAUGUGGUCGCCGCCCGAGGAGCGCAAUCGCCUGGGAGCCUUCAGCUACACGGGAACCGACUGCGGCACGGUACUGGCCAUGUUCAUCAGUGGAAUGAUUGCCGAGAGUGCCAUGGGCUGGCCGGGCAUCUCGUAUGUCUCGGGUGCCCUGUGCGCCGCCUGGUGUCUCCUCUGGCUGAUCCUCGGCUCCAAUAAUGCGCCCGAGUCGCGGUUCAUUGGCGAAGCGGAGUGCAAGUAUAUCGAGUCCUCGCUGCAGCACAACGAAGACUUCCACGAUCGCACCAUCCCCAUUCCCUGGAAGGCCAUCUGGACGUCCGUUCCGUUCCUGGCGCUGCUCGUGACCCGUUGCGCCGAGACCUAUGGACUGAGCACGCUCCAGGCGGAGCUGCCCUCCUACAUGAACGGCGUACUCAACAUGGACAUCCAGAGCAAUGCGGUGUUCUCGUCGCUGCCGUUCCUGGCCAUGUGGCUGCUCUCCUAUGUCUACCUGAUCGCGGCCGAUGUCCUGCUCAAGAAGAAGUGCCUGUCUCUAACGGCCGUGCGGAAGGUGUUCAAUACGCUCUCCUUCUGGAUACCGGCGGCCGCCCUGAUCGCCAUUGGGUUCCUCAACGAGGACAACAAGGUGCUGGCCAUUACGCUGAUGACACUCAGCGUGGGCGUCAACAGUGGGGCUACGAUCGGCAGCUCCCUCAAUACCAUCGACCUCUCGCCCAACCAUGCCGGAAUUCUGAUCGGCUUGAGCAAUACGGUGGCGAAUAUAAUACCCAUCCUCACGCCACUGAUUGCCGGGGAGAUCGUGACCGAUAAGCACGAUCGUGGCCAAUGGCAGAUCGUCUUUGGGCUGGCUGCCAUCAUUUUCUUUGUGGGAAACUGUGUGUUCCUCGUGUGGGGCACGGCCCAGGCACAGCCCUGGGAUGCGGAUGACUAUCUGAAGCCCAAGGAUGCCGAGUCGUGCAGCCAGAAGAAGAGUCCACCGCCUGCGAUCGCGCCACCCAUCGAUCCCGUCUUGGAGCUGCAAAUUAGCUGGCCAGAGCGGUACACUGUGAUGGCGACGGACUGAAUGAUUUGUGGCGGAAGUCGAGUCGAACAAUUGAUUUUGUUAAUCAGUAUUAACUAUAAGUAGGUUGUAAUUUAUAUUUAUUCUAUUUAUAAGGCGUGACAUGAGCGCGGGACUUGAGUAAAUUUAUUUAUUUUCAAUAGAUUCGAUUCGAUUUGAUUCGCUUUGUUCUGUUGCCAAACGCUUGUGAUUUGGGCACUCCAAUCGAGGACCCUAAUCUAAUCUCUUAAUUUAUCUUAUAAAUGUAUAUAAGCACUCAUAUUUAUACGGGAUUUUCACACCACUCGCGACCAAGUCUCAAUGGUGCUGCACCAGAGACAAGUGGAUCGGAUCGGCUCGGAUCGCAGCUCUGGCUCUGUGGCUACUCUCCCCACGAAAAACAAUCGCCACAGCUGUUUGGGGUACAUACAAGAAUAAUGAACAAAAAAAUUGUGAUACUUAGA